UCUUCCUCAAUAUGUCAGCACUAAAUGUGCUGCUCGUGCUCAUAUGGACUGCAAGACUGGCCGCAGGGUUCGGUCCGUUUCUGGACCCCGUACCACACUCCAGUGCCGACGACGAUCUACUUCUACCAGAUGUGCUGCCAACAGGACCCAGCCUCGACCAAUCAGAUCCCGUGUUUCUCGAAGUCCCCGCCCCCGCGUAUGUGCGUCGCAACAAGCCGGCGACCUUGACCUGUCGCGCGGCGCACGCGCUACACCUCUUCUUCCGGUGCAAUGGCUACCUAAUGGCGGACGAUGAGCACUCGAGAGCGGACUAUGUGGACCCGGAGACUGCCAUCAGGCAGCUGGAGCUGAAGUUGGCAGUGACUCGUGGAGCGGUGGAGAGCUACUUUGGAGAGUACAGGUGCAAUUGUACGGCGGUCAGCAGCCGAGGCAGGAAGACCAGCCCGACGGUCAAGGUCACAGUGGCAUACCUGAAGAAGUCGUUUGCCACAGCACCAUUGCCCGACUCUGUUCAAGUUGAUCAGACUGUGGAACUUCGCUGUAAGCCACCCUCCGGGGAACCAACUCCUUCAAUUAGCUGGACCAAGAAUGGCGUCACCAUCGACCCCAAGCAGGACCCCAACUACAUCAUCUCCAAGGAGGGCAACCUGCUCAUCGUAGCCGCCAAGCUCUCCGACAUGGCCAACUACAGCUGUGUAGCAGAGAACGUGGCCAACCGGCGCGUCAGCCCACCGGCACGGCUCACUGUUUUCGUGGACGGCGGCUGGUCAAGCUGGGGUGUCUGGUCCAGCUGUGAGCCGGCCUGCGGGCCGGGCCGACGCCAGAGAGUCCGUACCUGUGACUCGCCCCGACCUCUGAACGGAGGAAGAUCGUGUCGAGGUCCGCAGCAGCAGACUGCCGAGUGUAGCUCACACUGUCCGCCGGUGGACGGCGGCUGGUCUCCGUACGGUGAUUGGUCGGCCUGUGACAUCACGUGUCGUCAGAGCCGGCAGCGGACCUGCUCCUCCCCCUCCCCGGCCCAGGGCGGCAGGCCCUGCUCCGGGGCCGACCGGGAGCAUCGCAACUGCUCCGCUGUCGACUGCCAAAACGCCUUAGCUGUGCUUCGACAUAACUCGGCUUCAGACCAAGCGGCCCGCGCAGUGGCCAGGUCGGACGUAGCGCUGUACGUGGGUCUGGCCGUGGCUCUGGUGGUCUUCCCGCUGAUAGCCCUCCUCGCUCUGAAGCUGUACAGAAGGAAGGGAAGGGGACAGAGCAUGUACGGACUGACGGAAAGAGAUUACGAGUCCAAGUAUUACGACCACAACAAGAAGCCGCUCAGCUAUACGCCUGACCUGACGGCGACCGUGACCUCUGGGCUGGGGUCAACGCCCCCGAGCCGGGUCACCGACUACGGCUACAACCGGCUGGACGCCGGCUAUCGGAGAACCGGACUGCUGGGCCGCUCCGAGCCCCUCUACGACGAACCGCUUCUACCGCCACCUGGCGGGCCGGUCGGAGCCACCUCUAAAGCGGCUCCCGACGCGCCCUCUAUCGGCUCCCGGAGCUCCCAGCGCUCCGCUGGCUCCUCCGGCUCUGCCGGCUCCCGCAGCACGCCCCAUCACAGCUCGUCGUCCUACUGCAGCUCACCCACGUCUCGUCCGAAUUCUCUGUACGACGCGGAGCCGUCCUCGUGUCGUCAAUCGCUGCUGUCCUCGCCACUGCCAUCUAGCGUCAACCCAGACAACCUCGAAUUUGGCACAGUGACCUCUGCCGGUGCGGUGCUCAGUCUGCCCAAUGCCGGUGUAACCCUGGUAAUUCCCGAGGGAGCCGUCCCGACCGGACAGGCCGAGGAAGUAUAUCUGGCUGUGGCCAGUGACGCGCGAGAGAAGCCGCAACUAAAUGAAAACCAGACACUGUUGUCUCCGGUGAUCCUGGUGGGCCCUCCGGGUACGCAGUUCCUAAAGCCUGUCGUCGUUGGCUUUCACCACUGCGCCAAUCUGAAGACGUCUUGGCUGACGUCUGUGCACGUUAGCGAGAGUCCCGCAGAUGAGACUCCUCAGUGGCAGCGCGCGGUGACUCUAGGUCAGGAGACCAUCAACACGCCGAUCUACGUGCAGCUGGACCAGGCCAAAGCCUACGUUCUCACAGACUGCCUGCAGGCUCUGGCACUAGUUGGAGAACCAUGCACUGCCCCCCCGGCAGUGAAGAACCUCCGUUUGGCAGCGUUUGGUCCCCGCGUGGUGUCAGCUACAGAGUCCUGUGUGAGGGUCUACAUCAUGGACGAUACUCGCGCGGCUCUGGACAGCGUCUGUCAGCUGGAGCGGCGCCUGGGCGGCAGGAUGAUGGACAAGCCGAAGACGCUGCCGUACCAGAGUGGCAGCGCAGGUCUCUGUGUCGCUCUGGAGGACCUCAGUUUGGGGUGGAAGUGUCGCUCUCAACCCCCGCAACAAGAGAUCCCGUUCCGACACGUGUGGAGCGGUGCAUGUUCCCUGCUGCACGUGUCGUUCAGCCUGGAGCACGUGGGACACGCGGCGGCACGUGACAGUCUGGCGUUCUCGGGUCGGAUCCAGGUGUACCAGCGGUGCAGCCAGAUCCGACGCCAGGUUCUGCGUGUGACGUCAUCAAGCGAUGGGGAUAGUCAGGCUGGCGUACCGCCUCCAGUUCGACCAGCCCCAGCGUCUUCCACGUUCUCCUCCGAGCGAGCCGUGGGCAGGUUAUCAGCCGAGACCAAGCAGCGACUGUGUCAGUGUCUGAACCCGCCGAAUCCCUACGGCAACGACUGGAGAAUGCUGGCACAGAUGAUGCAGGUCAAUAGGUACGUCAACUACUUCGCCACCAAGAAGUCUCCGACGGAGCCGAUCCUGGACUUGUGGGAGGCGCGGCAUCCCGAACAGUCGUCCUGCACGGAACUCAUCAACAUUCUGCGCAUUAUGGGUCGGGAGGACGCCGCGCGCAUCGUCCAGGCUCAGGCCGGCCUGCGCGUCUGACCUUGAGGAGUGUGUUCUCAUUGGUGGAAUUCACCGACCUUGAGGGGAGUUGCUUGAUUGGCUGGUGGACUUCACUGGCCUUGAGAGGAGUUGUUUCAUUGGCUGGUGGAAUUCACUGGCCUUGAGGGUAGUUGUUUCAUUGGCUGGUGGAAUUCACUGGCCUUGAGAGGAGUUGUUUGAUUGGUUGGUGGAACUCACUGGCCUUGAGGGGAGUUGUUUCAUUGGUUGAUGGAGCUCACUGGCCUUGAGGGGAGCUUCCUGAUUGGCUCCCAGCAGCGUAUGAUGACCUUGAGGAAAGCUCGUUGAUUGGCGCUGGCGACAUGAAUGAGACGGGUGGCCUUGAGCACUCGUUUCUGAUUGGCGCUGGCUGUUCGGUGGCCUCGAAGGUUGACUGACUCCAGGAAUGUGCCGGAUGACUGACUGCGAGGCUCUGUUGACUGAUUUCGUUAACUCACGAACGACUGCGACGUGGAAGCCUGAAGCCUGCUGCAGCUGUUUCCAUUACCAUUAAUUGAUAUAUUGCUAGGCUUUCGACAAAUCUAAAGCCAUUGUAAAGGCCACUAGGUGGUAUUAAUCAAAUAUUUGCCAAACUCGUAUGUUCGCGUCAAGUGGGCGUUGGAGGUUCGUUGAAUGCGAAGCCCAUGGCGAACGGAAUAAUUUGUUAAAGUGGCGUAUGAUUUUUAACUGCAUUGCUAAAGCACUUCACUGUGUGACGCAUUAUUAUGGGUAGUGAAUGCAGUUAUUACCAAAAUGUUGACGUCGCUCAGUUUUCGAAUGACAGUGUGAUAUAGUCUGCUAGCUUUUAUCACUUACCUGUUUUGAAUUUCGAUCAAGUAAUAUGUUUCGCUUCUCAACAGCUCUUAAGAAUUCCCGUUUUUAAUAUUUACACAUCUCUGCAUGCAUUACUUUCUAAUGAACUCACUAAGAUUGUCCCUUGCAUUAGUGCCAAAAUGCCUGUGUCUUCCUUACAAAAUCAAAUUCGUAGUGUAGACGACGGCGUCAAUGAACCACCAAACUUGUUACUUAUGCGCAUGUGAACAAUACUCUCAAUUCCUCCCUGGCAUCUGUGCCGAUACUCAAUGAGGACAUUUCUCAUGCAGUUUUAAUGUGUGGAUAUAUUUAUGGUAUUGUUUGGCGUGUGCACUGUGCGAUGAAAUGCAGCUCAUGCUUAGAAAUUGCGUGAACUGCUCAUGACAAUUGAUGCAAAGGAUCGCUUUAUUGUAUAUGAAUGGUAAGAUGAGUGGGAAAUGGUAUGGUUUCUUUCGUUCCUGUGCAUUGUAUUCAGUUUGUAGAUAAUUAUUUGCAUUUUUGCGGUAUUGUAUUAGGAUAAGUUAACUUAUACUUAAAUCUGAACUCCUUGACGCAAAUGGAUUGCACAUUCUGAAGUUUUUAGGGAGCAUUGCCACGCCUUUCAACAAAAUGCCGUGCAAAAUGCAACGCUAGAGUCUAUUUUUAACGAUGGCGGAUCGCUUUAAGCGCUUUAGUGAAAAGCGCACGUGAAGCACCAACACCUAUAACAGAAGCCAGCUGAAAAUAUCAGCUUACUCUUGAUUUUUCUUUUUGACCUUCUCUUCAAUCCUAUUGCAUGUCUCGUGCCGAAUUAAUUUGUGCGCUUAAAACGAUCCGCAAUCAUUAGAAAAAUAGACUAUAAUUAUUUGAAAGGAUCACAAAAAAUAUGAUCCACGUUGGUAAAUGUCGCUCGAAACGUCUUGUAUGAGUGAGCGUGUAUGUGUGACGUUUAUUGUGUAUUUUCUCGUGACAAGGUUCAGUAGAAUCUCCUUUCGGUGUUGCUGCUAGUCAAUUGUGAGUGUUGACGCGACGGUCCUUUUAUAACGCCAUACAGCAUGAGUGUGGGGUGGAGUUGCGUAUUACACUUGUUGCAAGUGUUGGGUAGACCAUAAAAAUAUAGCGAUGAUGCGUUAA